AUGGAAGCUGAGGAAUGGUUAAGAACAGUGGAAGGUAUUGUUGAGUACAUGCGCCUCGGUAACGGAGAUAGUGUAGCUUGUGCUGCUAGUUUAUUGAAAAAGGAUGCCCGCAUCUGGUGGGAUGUUAUUAAACAAACACGGGAUGUGGCCGCAAUGACCUGGGCUGACUUUGUACAAGUUUUUAACAAAAAAUACUACAGUGAAGCAAUACGCUCAGCUAGAGUUGAUGAGUUCACGAACCUGAGGCAGGGUAAGCCUACAGUUACAGAGUAUGCUCGCCAAUUUGACAGAUUAGCAAAGUUUGCCAUAGAUCUGGUUCCUACCGAGUUUCUGAGGAUUCAUCGCUUUACUAAAGGGCUCGACUCCCGAAUAAGUCGGGACAUAGCGAUGUCAGGAGUAAGGGCAACCACGUAUGCUGAGGUACUGGAAAAAGCCCUAGAAGCUGAGUUGUGUGAAAGUCGUACACAGAACGACAAUACAGCUAGGUGGGAGGCCAGAAAGGCCAGUAAUGGAGGUGGUGAUAACAAAAGGAAACUGUCAAGUAACCAACACAACGAAGCCGACAAGAGAAACAAGAUAGGGUCCAAUAACUACAAAGGGAAGAAGCCAUAUGUGGAGUACCCCCUAUGCCCAACAUGUGGUCGUAAGCAUCCGGGAGAAUGUCGACUGAAAGCUCCAGUAUUUGCACUAACUAGAGGGGAGGCUGAGACUAGUAACACUGUGGUUGCAGGUCAGAUUUCUAUCUCUGGAAAACUAUGUACUGUUUUAUUUGAUUCUGGAGCUACGCACUCAUUUAUUGCUUUAAAGAUGACAGAUAAGUUAGAACUACCGUAUGUAAAUUUUAGUUACAAGUUCAUGACGGAGUUUCCCUCGGGUGAGGUUAUGAUAUCAUCUAGAGGAGUGCGGGAUGCGCCAAUAAGGAUUGCAGACAAGGAACUUAGUGGAGAUCUGAUAGAGCUAGAGAUGAGGGAUUACGAUCUUAUCUUGGGUAUGGAUUGGCUAUCACGACAUGGAGCAACAAUAGACUGCCGAAAGAGGACAGUGGCUUUCACCCCUGAAUCUGGAGAGGCAUUCAUAUUUGAAAGAAUCAAAGUCAGUCAAGCUUAUCGCUAG